AUGGAUUCGCACGCCACGAGAGGCGGUCACCUGGAUGCCACGGCCGGUCGGGAAGCUGUAUAUUGUCAUGCCUGCUCCAACGAGUGGUGGCAAGACGAGCAUGGUUUGCAGUGUCCUCGCUGCGACAGCGAGAUAACGGAAAUUGUUUCGCCGGACAACGACCCCAGACUCAUAGAGGAUGGCCCUCCGCUCCAUGAUUCACCCUCUAAUCGCCACAGACAUCCGUUGGACGACGACUCUGACCCAGAAGAGGCCGACAUAGAGGAGCAUCUACACCGAGGACCCAGUGGCUUUGUUCUCCAUCGCACGAUAUGGGACAACCAGAGACCUGGACAGGGUGCUUCCCCCAACGCUCGGCAACCGACGGACCCGGCCGAUGGCGACCAGAUUAUCAGGCGCUUCAUUGAUAUGGUCAAUGAGUUUGGUAUGGGCAUGCCUCCUCGCCCGCCGCCAGACGAGACCCGGCCGCCCCCUGGAUUUGGCGGUGGUCUAUUUGGAGGCCCAGGCAAUGUGCGCACCUAUUACAGAGAAGGCCGUGGAGGAACUACAAGCUUCACGAUCGCUACUGGACCGAUCCAUAUCCAUCAAGGCGGCAACCGAUCCCCCGUCGGGCCUGGAGCCGACCCCUUCCAAUCUAUCUUCAGCAGUGUUCUGGCAGGAGCAGGACCCCCGACCCCGGGCGGACCUCCCAGCCCUGGCCAAGGACAGCGUGCGGCUGGUGGAGCGCCCACACUUCUCCAUGAGAUUCUCAACAUGCUCAACCCGGCGAACGCUAGCCAUGGAGAUGCUGUGUAUACUCAGGAGGCCUUGGAUCGGAUAAUAUCCACCUUGAUGGAGCAAAACCCUCAGUCGAACGCGGCACCUCCGGCUACCGAGGACGCUCUCAGCAAGCUGGAGCGCAAGAAGGUCGACGAGAAGAUGCUGGGACCAGAGGGCAAGGCUGAGUGCACAAUCUGCAUCGACGACUUCAGCCUCGGUGAUGAUGCGACAGUUUUGCCCUGCAAGCACUGGUUUCACGAUCAGUGCGUCGUGAUGUGGUUGAAGGAGCACAACACCUGCCCGAUCUGCCGCACGCCCAUUGAGGAGUCGAGCAGCAACAAUACCAGCGGUAGUGCGAGCAAUGCUAAUAACAGCGGAAACAACGCUUCCCAGCGCUCUCCUGAUGCUGCCCCAGGUUCAUCUGGCAGCAACCAGAACCCUGCAUACUGGGAUGAUGCGCCUCCUGGGAUCCCCGGCCACUGGGGAGCGCAGUCUUUUGGCAGCCGUCCAGUCUUCUUCGGUGGACUCGGUCCACCUCCAGUACCGGCGGACUCGACGCGUCCGGACCGAUCCGCGGCUACCGAUUGGGAUGUUCCUGCCCCUCUCUAUGGCUUUAGCACAGGCCGAGACAUCAAUCCCCAGCGCCCUCAGGAGACAAGCCGAAUCUAG